UACAACUUCAUAGUCCAAUCAUAUUUGUUUGUUAACCACAAAAUCACAAUACAAUGAUAUUUAGGUACAAUAUCGGUAUUAUUGUACUUGUUUUUGUGCUCUCAAUUUGGGCCAGCGUUGAAGGUCGUAGUAUCUCUAAAUUCGUAACUGAAGAAACAGUAGGGACCAAAUGGGCUGUCCUAGUUGCUGGCUCUAAUGGAUGGUGGAAUUAUAGGCAUCAGGCUGAUGUAUGCCAUGCUUAUCAACUACUCAAAAAAGGGGGUCUCAAAGAUGAGAACAUCAUUGUAUUCAUGUACGAUGAUAUUGCUAACAACACUAUGAAUCCUAGACCUGGGGUUAUCAUUAACAAUCCACGUGGUCAAGAUGUUUACAACGGUGUCCCUAAGGAUUACGUGGGUGACGACGUGAAUGCUGAUAAUUUUUUCAAUGUUAUCCUUGCAAAUAAAAGUGGCAUUACUGGGGGAAGUGGGAAAGUUUUGAACAGUAGUCCAAAUGACCAUAUUUUCAUCUACUAUACUGAUCAUGGUGGCCCUGGUAUUGUCUCAAUGCCAACUGGAGUUGUCUACGCAAAUGAUCUGAUUAACGUGUUAAAAAAGAAGCAUGCUUCGGGAACAUAUAGUAAACUGGUGUUUUAUUUAGAAGCUUGCGAGUCUGGAAGCAUGUUUGACGGUCUUCUUCCUGAAGGUUUAAGUAUUUAUGUCACAACUGCUUCAAAACCCAAUGAAAACAGUUGGGGAACAUAUUGUGGUGCGGGUGAUGCACGAGAUCCCUGCUUGGUAGAGUGUCCCCCUCCUGAGUUUAAAGGUGUGUGCUUAGGAGACUUGUACAGUGUUGCUUGGAUGGAGGACAGCGAUGUUCAGAGUCGAGAAACUGAAACUCUAGAUGAACAGUAUCAUAAGAUUGCAAAUAGAACUGCAGCAAACCUAACAUAUGGCUCACAUGUGAUGCAAUAUGGUGAUAUGGAGUUGAGUUUUGAUGCUCUUUUCCAGUAUAUGGGUGUUGCUUCUAAAAACCACACUUAUGUUUCCGUGGAUUCCAAAUCAUUCUCAGUAUACUCACGAAAUGUAGACCAACGAGAAACUGAGUUUUUCUAUUGGCAAUCUAAAUACCGAGAUGCUCCUGAAGGCUCUGAUGAACAUUUUGAAGCUCGUGCCAGACUUAUUGAAAUUGUAGCACAUAAAAGUCAAGUGGACAAUAGCGUAAAACAUCUUGGAGAGAUUUUGUUUGGAGUUGAAUAUGGUAGGGAGACAUUGCAAAGAGUCCGACCUGUUGGACAACCACUAGUUGAUAAUUGGGAUUGCCUUAAAUCCUAUGUCGCGAAAUUUGAGGCACAUUGUGGAAAAUUAACCUCAUAUGGAAAGAAACACAUACGUGGUAUCGCCAACAUAUGCAAUGCUGGAAUUGAGAGUGAGCAAAUGGUUGCUGCAACUCUACAAGCAUGUCCCCCUUAGUAGGGAUGAGAGCAAUCUUAGCAAAAUUUACUAUAUGUUGUGCUUGUUUGGGUCAUGCUAUGGCUGCAAAAUUCCACCUUGUGUAGCUUGCAAAGUAAUAAUGUUAAUUAGUUCUUCCUAUUUGAAAGAUGUGCAAGUAAAAAUCCAAAAGUUUGGAAUUAAAUAGAGAUUGUAAGAAGGUUCAAUAUUUUGUAGUUUUCACACUUGAUAAAUAUUAUGCAAUUAUCAAAAGAAAAAAAUGUCGAAAACGUAAGUCAAAAGCAAUCAAGAUGUUUUAACAA